CACCACUUGACACAUACGGGCGAAAAGCCGUUUGAGUGCGAGACCUGCGGACAGCGGUUCGCCCGCCGCCACAAUCUCGCGCAACACGCGCUCAAACACAGCGGCGAACGACCGUUUCGGUGUUGCGAGUGUUCCGAAGCCUUCAGAAGUCGACAAACGCUGAGAAGUCACGCGCGAAGAAUGCAUUCGACGGCGGAAUGAAUCUCGGCUUCCCAUUGGUUGACAAUAAAUAGCAGUAAAAACAUAAGAAAAGAGUUUUAUUCGUAAAAAAGUGCAAAAAAUAAAUAAUUUAAAG